AACAAUCUUUAGCUUGCUUAUUUUAUACUUACAGGUUUCAUCUUUUGAAUGUCGUAUGACAUACCUGGAGUUCAUCAUUUUUUGGUUGCUGUCGAUCUACUCACAUACGACUGAAAACCCAAAGGUUUGGGAACAGGAGCAAUUAUCACCACCAGUGUUUAUUGUCGGCACUCACAAAGAUAAGCUACCAGGAAAUGAAGAACAGAAAAAUGAACUUGCAAAAGAGAAGUUUGCAGUAAUUAGGGAGGCAUUAAGAGGAAAACUAUACCGGGGCCAUGUAGUGAAAAAGUACUAUGCAAUUGACAACAGCCUUAGGGCACCCCUGGAUGAAGCUAUUGUUAAUCUAAGGGACCACAUCACCAAGGUUACUAAGCUAGAGAAAUACUUGGAGCACAGAUUCCCCAUAAAGUGGCUUCACUUUUGGCAUGAGAUUGAGCAGUUGGGCAAAAACCAAAUUAACUUCGCAGAGGUAAAAGAUCUAGCUGCGAAUAGUGGUAUCAUCAAAAGAGAACUUGUGUUUGCUUCAUUGCAUUUAUAUCAUGACCUUGGAAACAUUGUCUAUUAUGGUAAACUUGAUACACCAGAGAGCCUCCUCAAUGAUAUAAUCAUACUGAAUCCGCAGUGGUUGAUAUUGGUCUUCAGCAAAGUGUUUACAGUCAAUGUUUCCUCUAACAAAUAUUCCCAUUUCGAAAGUUCAUUGGAAAGACUUGAUGAUCAUGGAAUCUUGGAAGAAAGGCUACUCAGACACAUGUGGCAUGAAUUUCUCGACCUGUUUGAAUUCUUGUUAAAGCUAAUGCAGAAGUUUGACUUGCUGUGUUUGAAUACUCAAUCUCAUGAGAUGCCAGCUGAUGUUGUCCAAUCAACCGAGGAAGGCAUCCGGCUCUUUUAUGUACCAUCCCUGCUAAAGAAGCAAGAUGAUGAAACGGUGUGCAAAGAUCAGCCGGUGGCAUCUCAGUCAAUGGUCAUCCUGUACAUUGACUUCGAUGGGUUCCUACCUGAAGGCAUAUUCUACCGACUUGUUGUAACAAUUAAGCUUACUACAGUUGAAAGUGGUAGUGAUGAAGAAGAUGAAGAGGAUGAUGUUGAACUUGACCCAGCCACUUGCAAGAUGCUGUGGAAUCUCUUGGAUGAGCACCUACAGUACCUAGGCCGCAACUGGAUGAAACGCAUUAGUUAUGGCUUCUACAUUCCUUGUCAAUUUUGCAAGAACACAGACUGCCUCAAACUGGAGAGAUUUAUUGCAGCUAAAAAAUGUGUUCAGUGUAAUGAGACAUAUAAGGGGAUGAGGAUUAAACGAAUUAAAUACUUGUUUGGUGAAUGCAGAACCAAGACAG